AUGUCUCACCUUUCAGCUUUUGGGUACUACACAAUACAAGAGACUUUCCCCGAUGCCGAGAUCAAUGAGAUAGAUGUGAUGGGGGCCCAUGCCUUAUCGAACCAUUACAACUUCCCCAAUGGGGUUUUUGUUCACGCUGCAUACUGCGUGCCUCACCAUCUUUCCAUGGUGCAGAAG